AUGCAGAGCUUGUUCAACUUAGGUCUUGGGCUGUGCCUGCUAAGCAGCUGUUGCAUUUCCAUCAAUCACGCAGCGCUGCUUUAUCCCACAAAUUCGGAAUAUGGUCUUUUUAUGGCUAUAGCUAUACCAAUUAGUUUGCCGCAUCGCAAUGUUUUUCUGUCGUAUAAUUACGAGUUUAAUUACUAUCAACCGGAGCAUGUUUACAAGUUUCCUCCGAUUUUGAUGGGCCAAGAUUUUGAGGACGGCUAUCUCACAUAUCCCACACACAAUGCAAGGGAAAGUAGAGACUGUAAGAACUGCACAGUGAGUGCUAAUAGUACGCAACCGGAGAUGACGAAUAUUCCACCGGAGAAGGAGACGUCAGAGACGCCAACAAAGCAGCGAGAAAGACGCAAUUUGCCAAUGCUGACGCGAAAAACCUUCUAUGCCAUGAUCAGUGAUAAGUUAGACAGAUCUGGCUAUCCCGCGCAGGCCUGCCUGCUGCGUUUGAUAUGCGAGACGAAUGCCUCAACGCUGGGCGAGAUCAAUGGACUGCUGGGCAACAUUGUGCAUGUUAUUUUCAGUCCCAGCAGCUCCAGGGAUGAACAGCUACCCACUGCCUACUAUCAAGCCGAGUUCGAUGGACUGCAGCAGCACGAUGCCUACUUGGCUUUCGUGCCCUCCAGCACGCAUGGCGUGUUCGCCGCAUUGGCUGUGCCGCUGGAGCUGCCGCAUCGCAAUGUGUUUGUUUCUUAUAACUUCGAGGCAAACUAUAACUCGCCCUACAACUGGAGUCUGCCAACCUUAUUUCAAAAUGGUCCCAUCGAAUCCGAGGAGGUGGAGCUAUCACGCAAGGCAACAAAGUUGCAGCACGCAGACAAUGACUCAGGGGAGCAGGAGCAGGAGCAGAAUGUGGAGGGCAGCGGCUCAGAGGAACAACAAACAACUGUCAUGCCCCAGCGCGAGAGGCGCGCCUUGCUCACACGCAGCAAUAUUUAUCAUAUACUAAUGGAUAAAUUUAAGAGAAGCGGCUUUGCUGGCGAGUCCUGUUUGCUGCGCUUAAUUUGCGAAAUCAAUGCCGCUGAGCUGGGCGAGCUGAACGGCGUGCUGGGCAGUCUAAUGCAUGUACUCUUCAGUCCCAGCACCUCGGAGCCGGAGCAGCUGCCACUGCAUUUCUAUCAGGCGGAACUUGAUGGCUGGCAUAAUCAGUGUCAACACUAUGAGCAAGGCUGUGGACACAGUUUGUUGGGUCUGAUAUCGGAGCCUUUCGAGCAGAUGCUCCAGCGCAUAGAAAUAUAG